UGGGAUUUGGCACGUGCUCCAUGGGCGCGCCGGGCAGGGGGGCUGAGCUGGACGAUGCCUCCCCCCGCUACGUCCUGGCCCUGCCCGAGGAGGAGACGUGGCGAAAGCACCGGCUUGGCUUGAUGCAAACCACCCAGUCCUGCAACCUGCUGGAGCCCGAGGGCCUGGCCGAGGCCCUGGUCUCGAGGGCUGCCAGCUUUGAUGCCCUCUACGAGCCCCGCUCCCGGGAUGCCGACGCAGACACCGGCAGCGCCUUCGACCUGGGCCUGGGCCAGUAUGUGCCCGUGAGCCCGGACGUCAUCAAGCGCCGGCGGGGCGGGCUGAUCGAGCAGAGGGACAUUAUCAAGGCACACGAGGCACACAAGAUGCAGAGCACGCCACAGGCGCGGAGGAAGGAGUGGGAGAUGGCUCGCUUUGGGGAGGCAGUGGCUGGCAGGCUGGGCUCUGGAGAUGGGGGCUCCGACCAGAACCGGAGCCGGCAAGGAGCUCCUGCCCCUGCAGGAGGGAGCCCGGGAGCCUUCAAGCAAACCAAAGCGCAGAGAGCCCGGACUAUGGCUCUGUACAACCCCAUCCCCGUCCGGCAGAACUGCUUCACCGUCAACAGAUCGCUCUUCCUCUUUGGGGAAGAGAACAUAGUCAGGAAAUAUGCCAAGAAGCUCAUUGACUGGCCUCCCUUUGAGUACAUGAUCCUGGCGACCAUCAUUGCCAACUGCAUCGUGCUGGCCCUCGAGCAGCACCUCCCUGAGGAUGACAAGACACCCAUGUCAAGGAGAUUAGAGAAGACGGAGCCUUACUUCAUUGGGAUAUUCUGCUUUGAGGCUGGGAUUAAAAUCGUGGCUCUGGGGUUCGUUUUCCACAAGGGCUCGUACCUGCGCAACGGCUGGAAUGUCAUGGACUUCAUCGUGGUCCUCAGUGGCAUCCUUGCCACCGCUGGGACACACUUCAACACCCACGUGGACCUGCGGACGCUGCGGGCCGUGCGCGUGCUCAGGCCUCUGAAGCUCGUCUCGGGCAUUCCCAGCUUGCAGAUUGUCUUGAAAUCCAUCAUGAAGGCCAUGGUGCCUCUUCUCCAGAUUGGCUUGCUGCUCUUUUUUGCUAUCCUCAUGUUUGCCAUCAUUGGCCUGGAGUUCUACAGCGGGAAGCUGCACCGAGCCUGCUACACAAACAAUUCAGGUGAACUAGAGGAGCUGGACCCUCCCCAUCCAUGUGGGGUGCAGGGUUGCCCCCCAGGCUACGAAUGCCGGGAGUGGAUCGGUCCCAACGACGGGAUCACGCAGUUCGACAACAUCCUCUUUGCUGUGUUGACCGUCUUCCAGUGCAUCACCAUGGAAGGGUGGACCACAGUCCUGUACAAUACCAAUGAUGCCUUAGGAGCCACCUGGAACUGGCUGUACUUCAUCCCCCUCAUCAUCAUUGGAUCCUUCUUUGUCCUCAACCUUGUCCUGGGAGUGCUGUCAGGGGAGUUUGCCAAAGAGCGUGAGCGAGUGGAGAACCGCCGAGCCUUCAUGAAGCUGCGGCGCCAGCAGCAGAUCGAGCGGGAGCUCAACGGAUACCGGGCAUGGAUAGACAAAGCGGAGGAAGUCAUGCUGGCUGAAGAGAACAAAAAUUCUGGGACCUCAGCCUUAGACGUGCUCAGGCGAGCCACCAUCAAAAGGAACCGGACAGAUGCCAUGGGCUCGAGUGACGAGCACUGUGUCGAUAUCUCCUCCGUGGGCGAGCGGAGGCUGGCACAGAGAAGACCUCUUCAUCCAACCUUGGGUAACCCCUUGAGUCAGUCUGGCCUCAAAGGUGCCAGAAUGGACAGUGCCUCCUACUUACGACACAAGGAACGGCUCCUGCGCAUCUCCGUUCGCCACAUGGUGAAAUCCCAGGUCUUCUACUGGAUCGUCCUGAGCCUGGUGGCUCUCAACACCGCCUGCGUGGCCAUCGUCCAUCACAACCAGCCAGCCUGGCUCACCCACUUCCUCUACUAUGCAGAGUUCCUGUUUCUUGGGCUCUUCCUGCUGGAGAUGUCCUUAAAGAUGUACGGGAUGGGGCCACGCCUUUAUUUCCAUUCUUCCUUCAACUGCUUUGACUGUGGGGUCACAGUGGGAAGCAUCUUUGAAGUGGUUUGGGCUAUAUUCAGACCAGGAACCUCUUUUGGGAUCAGUGUCCUACGAGCCCUCCGUCUCCUGCGGAUAUUUAAAAUAACCAAGUACUGGGCAUCCCUGAGAAAUUUGGUGGUCUCCCUGAUGAGCUCCAUGAAGUCUAUUAUCAGUCUUCUCUUCCUCCUCUUCCUCUUUAUUGUGGUCUUUGCCCUGCUGGGAAUGCAGCUGUUUGGAGGCAGGUUUAACUUCAUGGACGGGACUCCAUCAGCCAACUUUGACACUUUCCCUGCGGCCAUCAUGACAGUGUUUCAGAUCCUGACUGGUGAGGACUGGAACGAGGUGAUGUACAAUGGCAUCCGCUCCCAGGGAGGCGUUCGCUCAGGGAUGUGGUCCUCCAUCUACUUCAUCGUCCUCACCCUGUUUGGAAACUAUACUCUGCUGAACGUCUUCUUGGCCAUUGCCGUGGACAACCUGGCCAAUGCCCAGGAGCUCACCAAGGAUGAGCAGGAGGAAGAGGAGGCCUUUAACCAGAAGCACGCCCUUCAGAAAGCCAAAGAAGUCAGCCCCAUGUCUGCCCCAAACAUGCCAGCUAUCGAAAGAGACAGGCGGAGGAGACACCACAUGUCGAUGUGGGAGCCACGCAGCAGCCACCUGCGGGAGCGUCGGCGGCGGCACCACAUGUCGGUGUGGGAGCAGCGCACCAGCCAGCUGCGCCGGCACAUGCAGAUGUCCAGCCAGGAGGGCAUCAACAAGGACGAGCCGCCCCUCAUCAACCCCCAUGCCAGCAUCUUCCGCAGGAAGAAACCAGGGGAUGGCGUCACCCUGGAGAAGUGCGCCGAGGAGCAGGGCAAGGGCGAGCGGCCGCUGGCUGAGGGACCGGAGCAGCCUGUCCCGGGAGCCAACCCCGGCGGUGGUGAGGACAGGAGGAGCCCAUCGCCCCGGGCCAAGCGGGACAAGGAUAUGUGGCAGCAGAAAUCAUGCCAUGGGAACUGUGAGCCGGGCGAGCAGGACGGGGCAGGCGGCAGCGUCGAGGAUAGGGCCAGGAUGAGGCAGAGCCAGCGGCGCAGCCGGCACCGCAGAGCCCGGAUGGAGGGGAAGGAGCAAGCUGGCAUCUUGGGGAGCCGCUCGGCCAGCCAGGAGAUGGGUCUGGAGGAGGCCAGCACCAUGGAGGGGGCACAGGAUGGGGACCGGCGUGGGGACGUGGCCGCAGCCGAGGCGCUGAUUCAGGGGGAGCCAGAGGCGAGCGGAGAGUCCAUCAGGACAAACGGAGUCCCUGCCGGUGAUGCUGAUCUGAUUGGGACUGCCAAGAAGGGGAGCCCCCCACAUGCAGUCCCGGAGCCCCACGGGGGGAAGACAGGCAACCUGACGGAGCAGGACUGCAGCAGCCCGGACACCAGCGAGCAGGCGCUGCUGCAGGGCAGUCGCACCGUCAGCCGGAGCGAGCCCGACCUCUCCUCCAUCACCCCCAACACCGAGAAGGCCACGGAGAGCACCACCAUCAUGAUCGAUGUCCACGACUCCGCUGUGGUACAGAUUAGCAACAAGACAGAUGGUGAAGCCAGCCCAUUAAAGGAGGCCGAGACCAAAGAGGACGAGGAGGAAAUGGAGAAGAAGAAGCGGAAGAAGGAAAAAAGUGAGACGGGCAAAGCGAUGGUGCCGCACAGCUCCAUGUUCAUCUUCAGCACCACCAACCCGGUGCGGAGGGCCUGCCACUACAUCGUGAACCUGCGCUACUUCGAGAUGUGCAUCCUUCUGGUGAUCGCCGCCAGCAGCAUCGCCCUGGCGGCCGAGGAUCCCGUCCUCACCAACUCCGACCGCAACAAAGUCCUGAGGUAUUUUGACUAUGUCUUCACUGGCGUCUUCACCUUCGAGAUGGUUAUCAAGAUGAUUGAUCAAGGCUUGAUCCUGCAGGACGGCUCCUACUUCCGAGACCUGUGGAACAUCCUGGAUUUCAUCGUUGUGGUGGGAGCACUGGUGGCUUUUGCCUUGGCGAAUGCUUUGGGGACCAACAAGGGCCGGGAUAUCAAGACCAUCAAGUCUCUCCGUGUGCUGCGGGUCUUGAGGCCUCUGAAAACCAUCAAGCGACUGCCCAAGCUGAAGGCCGUCUUUGACUGCGUCGUGACAUCCCUCAAGAACGUCUUCAACAUCCUCAUUGUCUACAAGCUCUUCAUGUUCAUCUUUGCUGUUAUUGCCGUCCAGCUCUUCAAGGGGAAGUUUUUCUACUGCACUGACAGCUCUAAGGACACACAGAAGGACUGCAUAGGGAACUACGUGGACCACGAGAAGAACAAGAUGGAGGUGAAAUGCCGGGAAUGGAAACGCCAUGAGUUUCACUACGACAAUAUCAUCUGGGCUUUGCUCACCCUGUUCACAGUCUCCACCGGCGAGGGUUGGCCCCAGGUGCUGCAGCAUUCGGUGGACGUGACGGAGGAGGACCGUGGGCCCAGCCGCAGCAACCGCAUGGAGAUGUCCAUCUUUUAUGUCGUCUAUUUUGUGGUCUUCCCUUUCUUCUUCGUCAACAUUUUCGUGGCUCUCAUCAUCAUCACGUUCCAAGAGCAAGGAGACAAAAUGAUGGAGGAGUGCAGUCUGGAGAAGAACGAGAGGGCCUGCAUUGACUUUGCCAUCAGUGCCAAGCCCCUGACGCGGUACAUGCCCCAGAACCGACACACCUUCCAGUACCGUGUCUGGCACUUCGUGGUGUCCCCGUCCUUUGAGUACACCAUCAUGGCCAUGAUAGCGCUGAACACCGUGGUGCUGAUGAUGAAGUACUACUCUGCUCCAUACACCUAUGAGCUGGCCCUGAAGUACCUGAACAUCGCUUUCACCAUGGUGUUCUCCUUGGAGUGUGUCCUCAAGAUCAUCGCUUUUGGCUUCCUGAAUUAUUUCCGGGACACCUGGAACAUCUUUGAUUUCAUCACCGUCAUUGGCAGCAUUACGGAGAUCAUCCUGACAGACACCAAGCUGGUGAACACCAGCAGUUUCAACAUGAGCUUCCUGAAGCUUUUCCGGGCUGCUCGGCUGAUCAAGCUGCUCCGCCAGGGUUACACCAUCCGCAUCCUCCUCUGGACAUUUGUGCAGUCCUUCAAGGCGCUCCCCUAUGUCUGCCUCCUGAUCGCCAUGCUUUUCUUCAUCUAUGCCAUCAUUGGCAUGCAGGUUUUUGGCAAUAUCAAACUGGAUGAGGAAAGCCACAUCAACCGACACAACAACUUCCGCAGCUUCCUGGGCUCCUUGAUGCUUCUCUUCAGGAGUGCCACAGGAGAGGCGUGGCAGGAGAUCAUGCUGUCCUGCCUGGAGGGCAAAGGCUGCGAGCCAGACACGACGGCAACAUCCGGGCAGAGCGAGAAUGAGCGCUGUGGAACCGACCUGGCCUACGUUUACUUCGUUUCCUUCAUCUUCUUCUGCUCCUUCCUGAUGCUCAACCUGUUCGUGGCAGUCAUCAUGGACAAUUUUGAGUACCUGACAAGGGAUUCCUCCAUCCUGGGACCUCACCAUCUAGAUGAGUUUGUCCGGAUCUGGGCAGAGUAUGACAGAGCAGCGUGCGGCAGGAUCUCGUAUAAGGAUAUGUACAAAUUAGUACGGGUGAUCUCGCCUCCUCUGGGCCUAGGAGAGAACUGCCCCUACAGGGUGGCGUGCAAGAGACUGGUGCUGAUGAACAUGCCCGUGGCCGAGGACAUGACGGUCCAUUUCACCUCCACCUUGAUGGCGCUGAUACGCACGGCCUUGGACAUCAAAAUUGCCAAAGGUGGUGCAGAUUGGCAGCAGUUGGACUCUGAGCUUCAAAAGGAGAUCCUGACCAUUUGGCCUCACCUGUCCCAGAAGAUGCUUGACCUGCUGGUACCCAUGCCAAAAACCUCUGACCUGACUGUUGGGAAAAUAUAUGCAGCCAUGAUGAUCAUGGAUUACUACAAGCAGAGCAAAGCGAAGAAGCAGCGGCAGCAGCUGGAGGAGCAGAAAAAUGCCCCCAUGUUCCAGCGCAUGGAGCCAUCCUCCUUGCCGCAGGAAAUCAUCUCCAACGCCAAGGCUCUGCCGUACCUCCAGCAGGACACCCUGACCGGCCUGAGCGGCCGAAGUGGGUUCCCCUCGCUGAGCCCGCUCUCACCGCAGGAGAUCUUCCAGCUGGCCUGCAUGGAUCCAGCCCAAGAGCAGUUCCAGGAGCACGAGUCUCUGGAGCCAGAGGUUAGGGAGUUUCAAAGAGUGCAGCCCUCUAACCGUGGCAGCUACCUUCCCGUGGACACUCAGGACCACGCUGUCUCUGGGAGGGCCUCCUCCAUGCCUCGUCUCACUGUGGAUCCCCAGGUGGUGACAGACACCAGCUCGAUGCGGCGAUCGUUUUCCACCAUCCGGGACAAGCGCCCCAACAGCUCCUGGCUGGAUGAGUUCUCCAUGGAGCGCAGCAGCGAGAACACCUACAAGUCCCGCCGGCGCAGCUACCACUCCUCGCUCCAGCUGUCCGCCCGGCGCCUCAACGCUGACUCGGGCCACCGGUCCGAGGGGCACCGCUCGGGCAGGGAGCGGGGCCGAUCCAAAGAGCGCAAGCACUUGCUGUCCCCCGACAUCUCCCGCUGCAACUCUGAGGAGAGGAGUCCCCAGGCACAGGACGAGUCGCCGGAGCGGCGGCGUGAGUCCCGGUCACCCAGCGAGGGCAGGUCACAGACGCCCAGCAGGCAGGGAAUGGGCUCCCUGAGCGAAAGCUCCAUCCCCUCCAUCUCGGACACCAGCACCCCCCGGCGAGGCCGCCGCCAGCUCCCGCCGGUGCCUCCCAAGCCGCGUCCCCUCCUGUCCUACGCCUCCAUGCUCCGGCACGCCGGGGACGCCUCGCCGCCCGCCGAGGAGAGCGAGGGGGGCUCCCCGCUCCUCUCCUCCACCCUGGAUCCCAACACCGCCGGCCUGACCGAGUCUUCCAGCUCCCCGGCGGGGAAGCAGAGCCGGCAGUCCACGCCGCAGCGCUACAUCUCGGAGCCCUACCUGGCCCUGCACGACGACUCGCACGCCUCAGACUGCGGUGAGGAGGAGACGCUCACCUUCGAGGCGGCCGUCGCCACCAGCCUCGGCCGCUCCAACACCAUCGGCUCGGCGCCGCCGCUGCGGCACAGCUGGCAGAUGCCCAACGGGCACUACCGGCGGCGGAGGCGAGGGGCAGGGCAGGGCGUGAUGUGCGGGGCCAGCAUCGACGUGCUCAGCGACACCGAGGAAGACGACAAGUGCUAGAAGCUGCCCCCCCUCGCACCCCAUCUCGGCUGCCCCAACCCCCCCCCCGCCCUUUGCCCCCCAACCAGCCCCGCCGCCCUCGACCCCCCCUCUCCAAUGCAUGCUCUUUUGCCACGCCUGGGAAUGAAACUUAAACCGAAACCAAAUGCAGGGGAAAAAAAAAAAAGGAGAAAAUCAAAACCGACCGGAACGGAGGGGGGGAUAAAAAAAAAAAAGAGAAAAAAAGAAAAAAAAGUCUUUGUGCAAAAAAAAAAAAAAAUUAAAAUCUGUCGAGUUUCAUUUAUUACUAUCACUUUUUUUUUCUGCACAGAGAAGCAUUUAAUGGGCGGUGGAGUGGCCCGGCCGGGUGUGCAAGCUGGGGGGCAAGGGGGAGCCCCCCCAGCCGCAGCCCAGCUCCCUGCCCCAAGUGGGACCCCCGGGAAGGCUCAUCCUGAUGGUUUUCUGCUCCCCAAGGCCAGAGAGCCCCAGCAAGGGGGUACCAGGGGCCCCCUUUGCUCUAUUGCUUGGGCUUGUGCUGCUGUGGCUUUGAAUUACCCUCCCUGGGGGUCUCAUCCUGCCGGGAAAAGGGGCAAGGUGUGAUGGCGAGGUGCAGGGGAUAAGAGUGCACCAGACAGACCAGAGCAGCUCUGUCUGCCAGUGGGGGCAAAACUGAAGCCAACUGGUUUGUACUGGGGCAGGGGGGCUCAGUGCUGCCGAAUGUAUACUGUCUCCCACCGACAUAUAUUUAUUUAUAUACGGAGAACUCUAGGUGUGCCUGUGUGUGUAUAUAUGGGUGGGUGUGUGUAUAUAUAUUUAUAUGCUGUAUAUAUAAAGAUAUACACAUACAUGGAUUUGUUUAAGUCACCUGACAAUGCUGGGGAGCCCCUUGGGGCUUUUGCUGCCUGCACCCCCUUUGGUGGGGGCAGGACCAAGCCUCCCCAGGGGGCUGCUGUGCACCUGUCGCUGUAGCAGAGCCUUGGGAAUGUCACCCUGCUCCCUGUUCCAGGCGUUUCCAGUGGUGGGAAUUGCAUUUUCUCCAUUAGAGAUGGCUGUGGCAAAGGGUCCUUGGGCAGCUCAUCUGCCGGCAGUGCCUGCAGGAGUGGGAUGCCCAAGGGAUGAGGAUGGGGUUGUUCCUGGGGGUGCAGCUCACUUGGCACCAGUGCUGCCAAGAUGGUGACAGCAAACCUCUCAGCGGCCUCUUUGCUGUGUUUUCCCAGGAAAAGAAGAUAUCCAUGUCUGCAGGGGAGUGAAGAUGUUGUGCAUGCAUGAUGGUAUCUUAAGGUCUGUCCUCCUGGGAGAGGAGCCUGACUUUGGCACCACCCCUGCCUCAGUUUCCCCUGCAGCCAUGGCCCCUGCCCAUUCCUGGGGCCUAGCACCUCCUUUGGAGAGAGGAGCUGCCACAUGGGGGGGCUGGGUUUGCAAACCCCAUGCCCCCGGUGCUGGAGCAGGUGGGUGUCUGAGAGCUGGUGGAACUUUGAGAGAGGAGCAUGGUCUGGGGGGUGAGCAGGGUGGCUCACCCCUCCUGCAAACACUGAAAAUGCAGGGCCACCUUGGCCACCUUCCAGCGCUGGUCAUUAACUAAGCUGAUAAUUAUGUGCUGUCAGCUCUUAAGGAUCCGUGCACACCCUCGGCUGUGGGUGCGAUGCUGUGCCUGCCAGCCCAGGGAGGUGCUGGUGGCCUCGUGGUGAUGUGUGGCUCACCCUGGUGAUCAGUGGUGUGUUUCUGCUAUGAGUUGUGUCUCUCGUCAGCCUGAGCGUGGUCCUGGGGAUCCAGAGGGUGCUGUGCCUUUGGAGCCUCAGGAAGGGCUUGCUCUGUGGGCCAGGGGGUGGUCGGUGGGUUUGGACCAGGCGUGGCCGUGUUUGUGGAGAUGGGCAGGGGGAGGCAGUGCAGCCCUCGUCCUGCCCUUCCUCCUGCUCACGGCUGUGCUGUGCUGCAGGUUGUUGUGGUGUGAGUCCUUGGGGCUGUUCUUCUGCAGAGCAGUGGCUCUGGCCAAGCUUUGCUUUGGUCCUGGAUAACUCAUGUCUUCUCCUGACUGAAAGAUGCUAUGGGCACAAAGUGCCCCCCUCCUGCAUGUGCAGAUCAGUCCCUGCCCUGAUUGCUUUGUGAGCUCCCCUGAUGGAGCUCUGCUUUGUGAGAAGCGAGUCCCACCACUUCCAAACGCUGCCUACUCCAGGGCUUGGGCAUGGACCAAAAUCCUUCUUUCUAGUGGUCAAACUGCCCUCUGUGCACCGAAGUUUCGCUUAUGGGGCCUAAAGCUGCUCCUGCCUCCGUUGGUCCCUGCUAGUGGGUGGCACCUCUGCUGUCCCUGCUCACCCUGUGCUUCCCAAACAGACACUACCACCUGCCAAAGGAUCAAAAAAUUCCCCAGGAAGCCCUUUCCAUUGCUCUGGCUCAGAUCCUGCAUCCCCCAUGUCGGCAUUUGGGGACAAACCAUGCCCCAUUCAGCUGUGGGGAAGGUCCCUAGUGCUGGCUGGGGGCGUAGGCAUCACCUGUCCCCUUCCAGCCAUCUGUGAGCAGUUCAUGGCUUCAGCCUGAAGCUGUGGGAGCAUUGCUCCCUGUGCUGGAAUUUGGGGGAGCCGGGUCUGACGGGCAGUGUGGGAUUGCGUGGGAUCCGGGACCGGGGCCGUGGUGGUGCUGGGGGCCGGGGGAGGCGAUGCCGUACCUGCUCUAAAUAUAGGUGGUGGAAUCGUCUCCUUCUAAAUGCAGAAAGGUGUCUGACAAUGCACCGGGCUCUGAGUAACAGCCCGCGGGGAGGGGAGGAGGCGGCUUUUUGUGUCUGUGCCUGGCGGGUGGGAGGGAGGGAGUGAUGCUCUCAAAGCGGGGGCACGUUUCAUACGGAUUUCAGGCUUUGAGCGUUUUUCUUUCCUCAGCCCCCGAGUGGGGCCGGUGAGCAGUGUGUGCUGAUGCUCUACAGUGGUGGUACAGGCUGGGGCACAACCCCUGGUGGCACUGGGCUGCAGUGUCCAAACCUGAGCUUUUUGGCAUGUCAGCCCCGCGUUUAACUAACGUACAAAAACUGUGUGGAACAAAACAGAGCCCGUCUUUUACCCUGAGAGGGCCCAAAAAAUGCCCUGCUUCUGUGCCUCCUGAAACAGCCACAGUCCUGCUCCCAUGGUGGGAGGACAGGCAGGGACCCACGAGGACAAGGUGGCACCUCCAAAACACGUCUCUGAAACCAAAAACACCACCCAGGAGAACCACGGAAAGGACUGUGCUGAGGGGGAAGGUAAACCAGCCCCAAGAUGCCAUUGCAGCCUGUGCCUUGCUUUCCAAGGCUCUGGACUCGCUUUGCUGCGGUACAAUCUCUUAUCUGUGGCUUUCUGGACAUUCCCUUCUCCUCCCGGACACCAAGGAUCUGCCAAUGCCCUCGCCGUCUGUGGCUGUGGCCAUGCUUGACCGUGGGAGGGAGGAUGAGAAGCGAGGGAUGUAUUUCAACCUCUCCCUGCAUAGGACAUGCCCCUGCCCAGGCAGGAGUUCACCAGUAGCAUGCAACUGGUUCCCAUUUCGGUGCUGGGACUGGACUCAAAGCCCUGCAAAGCUCCUGGGUGGAGAUUGUGGUGGGUUUGUGGGGAGAUGAGCACAGGGCCCUGCUGUCCCCUCCAGGCUGGUUGUCCCAGCACCAUCCUCCUGUUCUGCCACGAGGCCUCAGACGGCAGAGCCCCCCAGGUGUGGGGCUGGUGGCUCCUGGGGCUGUGGGAGGGUGGGUGGGAGAUGCUCUGCCUUCACUCCCAGGCUCGGGGGUGGGAUGUUGUAACAUAACAUGCUCGUUCGGACCCAAACAGGGAACCGAGCCGAUUGAAAACAAUGUACAACUUCAAUGUUUUUUGUCAAAAGGAAAGAAAAAUAAAACCUUGUUGUAAAGAA